GACUUCCAAUGGUUGCCUCUUCCCUCCACCGGUUCCUUGCCAACUCCGCAUUGCAAUGCCUUAAUGGCACAUCUACGCGAAUACUUGCACGCUGCAGUACCACCUCCGUCGACAGGCGGCGAAGUAGCGGUUGUUGACCUUCGUAACUAUCUUGGGAAGAUCGACUGCGAGUAUGCAACGCAACGGUCGGUCGACAACAACGCGCCGCUCCUCUACAUCCGCAUUCAGAUCGGAAAGGCGACCUGCAGUGGCUUGAUCGAUUGUGGAGCGACUCGCAACUACAUCAGCCAAGACUUCACGGCACGCGCCAGGCUUGGCCCGCGCAUUCGAAGGAAAAGUCAGCCUACCCACGUCACGUUGGCCGAUGGUCACACGCAAAAGUCAAUCGACCGAUGCGUUGACUCGGUGCCCGUGUACUUUGCCCCGCUAGCAUGCGAGGCCGUGUCUUUCGACAUAUUGGACACCAAGUUCGAUCUGAUCCUAGGCAUGUCGUGGCUGCAAAGCGAAGACCAUCCGGUGAACUUCCAUCAACGCACCGUUCACAUUCGUGAUCGGCGCGGCGAACUAGUCCCGUGUACGGUGCCGCUUCCUCAUCCUUCGAUUGGUUGUCACGUGGCAUCCGCGGCGAGCAUUCGCCAAUCCAUCCGGCGCAACGACAUCGAGGAGAUGGGCAUAUGUUUUCUUCACGCCCUCCCACCCGGUGAUCAGCCCAAGACGAAUACSUCGGACUCACGCAUCAUUGAGCUGUUGGACAGCUAUGAGGAUGUCUUUCAAGCUCACGCUGGAGUCAUACCGGAUCGGCCCAUACGCCACGGGAUCACUCUCGAGGACGGCGUCGUACUUCCGCGCGGAUGUAUCUACCACAUGAGCGAAGAGGAACUUCAAGUGCUUCGGGCACAACUAGACGACCUCUUAGCCAAGGGCUAGAUUCGCCCUAGCUGUUCGCCAUACGGUGCUCCCGUUCUCUUCGUCCGGAAGAAGAACAAGGACCUUUGUUUGUGCAUCGACUAUCGGAAACUUAACGCGCAAACGAUCAAGA